AUAAGGAAGAAUUGCAAUGGGAACCCUGUUGGUCAUGUUACCGUGCGCAUGGAUAAAGAUGGCAAGUUUAAAGAAUGUUCCUUGUAUGAUAGAAAUUGCUUAUCUGGAGACUGGGGAUGAUCUCUGUGCACUUCCUCUUGGUGAUUGUCUUCACCUCAGCAGCUUCAUCCCUAGAAGCCAUUCGCUAGCUUACUGCAGAAGAAGCAGUACAAGGGAUAGCCUUUGUAAGUUUGUGACCAGUUGCCGGCUUUUAGGCUUCAUAUCUUUGUGAGAUAUGGAGGGGAGAAAUGAUAUUAGCAUGGACAAGUCAGAGGAGAUCCUCUUACCUGGUUUCCGGUUUCAUCCUACCGAUGAAGAGCUAGUUAGUUUCUACCUCAAGAAGAAGAUCCAGCAAAAGCCUAUCUCCAUUGAGCUCAUCAGGCAGCUGGACAUCUACAAGUUUGAUCCGUGGGAUCUCCCAAAGCUUGCGAGCACCGGUGAGACGGAGUGGUACUUCUACUGCCCAAGGGACCGGAAAUAUCGCAACAGCGCGAGGCCGAACCGAGUCACAGCAGCUGGGUUCUGGAAAGCCACAGGAACAGAUAGGCCGAUUUACUCCUCCGAGGGCACCAGGUGCAUAGGCCUGAAGAAGUCCCUUGUCUUCUACAAAGGCAGAGCCGCAAGAGGGAUGAAAACCGACUGGAUGAUGCAUGAGUUCAGGCUUCCUUCGCUUGCCGAUCCAUCGCUUCCCAAGAGGCCGAUCGACAAGAACAUUCCGCUCAACGACUCUUGGACCAUAUGUAGGAUCUUCAAGAAGACCAGUUCUAUGGCACAACGGGCGAUGUCUCACACUUGGGGCCCUCCAUUGGCAACCGAGCAGCACAUCUUCUCAGCGAUGCAACCAGUGCAAGCUUCUCAUUUUCCUUUGGAGAGCUCCUCUUGCUCGUUGCAAGUUGCGGCAGCGCCAGCGAGUCAGUUCACCGGCAAAUAUGACUUCCAAGGACAGCAGCAGCAGUUUCAGAAGCCCAACAACGCACAAGAUGGUUCUUCAUGCAAGGUCAUCAGCUUCAACUGCAGUCCACCUCUAGAAGCCCAGAAAUGCCCCAUCAUCCUGCCAUUCCAAGCACAGCCACCACAGAAACCCGACGACGCUGCGCCACCGCAGCCCUUCGACAUCAUGGAGUUUGGGCAGCCUGAACAGGUUACCGGGUUUGUGAUUGAUUCUUCCGCAGACGUAAACGCAGGCAUGAACACCAGGAACCAGGAUUCAUCCACGAGAAAGCCCGGCAACGCCUUGAACAUGAACACCGAGUGGGAGGCUCCGGGGAAACUCAACUUCCCGUUCGAUUUGGGAGCAGAUUCUCCGGAUGACUGGAAGUGCAACAUACCUUGGGAAUCCUUCCUUAGCCCAACUGUCCCUGCUGAGAUGCCGCAUUACUAGUACUAGUUGCCUUGUCCUGCACAGAGUGAUCGAAGAGGUGUUUAUCCAUAGCUAGAUGUACAGAUACAGUGAGUGGCCUUCAUCUGUUAGCAUUUCUGUUAGCAAAGACACCAGCUAUUGCUUGUACAGUUUUGGGUUAGAUUGUAUAGUGAACUAUACCCUUGUUAACAGCAAAGCUAACAGCGAGAAGGAUAUACAUAUAUAUACAUCAUACCUUGGGUGUAUUGUGUACACAUUUUUGGUUUGUGAGUGCUGCCGUGAUGUUUUGUACUUUCAGUGAGACGAAUGAGCAUGCGUACUCUAGAGGUUACAGCAUGCUCAGCUUCACUACAUUGCCAUGGUUUGACAAAAACCGUGAUCUCAUCCAUUCAGGAUACAACAUGGUCAACCUGGACCUCGACUAUUCAGGAUACUACAAUGGUUUUACAAACCCUCGAUCUGAUUGCUGGGUCUUCUUCCGACCUUUCCGUCAAAGUGCUCUUCCCCAAUGCAACUCUCACGUAAAUUUGAGAAAUACGAGUCCUUCUGAAACCAAGUGCUUAUGAAGAUUCAAACCUACCCUUAAAAUAAAACAAAACUUACUUUGCAUCAAGUUAAAAUUUGGAGGACCCUGUUAUAGAUUCAAGUAAUCAAGUGUUCGAGCUGAACAUCACAACAGUUAAUUUGGUCAGUCAAAUGUCUGUACAAAACCAUCCGCGACCAAUCAACCAAAUGACAGUAGUGAUGAAGCUGCACGGAAAUCCAUGAGCAGGGAUUCGCACAUCACAAAUGAAAAGAUUUCAACAAACAAGUCUGGCAUAUUUGACUAAUUUAUAGUUCCAAGACAUCAGAAUUCAUGACAAAUGAACUAGGGGAUCAGAUGUCCCGACAACGAAAAGGCAAAGGAAUUCGAAAUACUAAUCUCAAGAUGUUUGU